GCCAAAAAAACGCCGUAAGCUGCAGCACGGCGUCUUGGCGCACACGCGAGACUACCCACUGGAUAGCUGCUGCCCGCCUGCUGCGGUACCACUCGCUGUUGGGGCUUCAGAAGGCUGGGAGACACCGCUGCACGCUGGGUGCUCCUCACUGCCGCGUCUGCGCGAGCGCUGAGAGCCAUAAUAAAUGGCGACCUUCGCCGACGACGAAGACAUCGACUUCGAGGAGCUGUGGGGCUCGGGAGGCGGUGGAGUAGACGUAAACGACAAGAUCAUAAGGGUCGAGGGCCGCCAAGCCGACACCACAACCGAAUUCGGCGACGAGGUCUGGCCCGGUGCCGCCGCGCUCGCGCAGGCGUUGGCGCCCAAAGGCGUUUUUGGUGGCGCGGUCCGCGGCAAGCGGGUCCUGGAGCUCGGCGCGGGCGGGGGGCUGCCCGGGCUGGUGUGCGCGGCGGCCGGCGCGGCGCAUGUGGUCCUGAGCGACCUGCCCGAGGCCUUGCCUCGACUGAGACGGGGCAUCCGGCAGAACGACGUCUCCCAAAACUGCGUCGUGAAGGCCCUGGACUGGCGCUCAGGCGUGUGUCAUCCGCUCUUCGCUGAUCAUCAAAUAGAAGGACUCGUAACGGAGUACCUAGGCGCGUGCCUGCCCGGCGUUUCUCGUAGUUGGGACGCGAAGCGCUGGCUCGACGCCAAACCGUUCGAUGUUGUGUUGUGCUGCGACGGCGUGUAUAGGGAAAGCCUCGCGGCGCCCUUACUGACAACUCUGAAACGGUGCUGCACCCCCUCAAAAACAAUCUUCUACGUCGCCAACGACGAGCGGAGCCACCGGCAAAGGCGGUUCGCGGAAGCGCUCCACGCGUGCCAUUUUAACGUGCGCGCCGGCGUCCCCGUAUCGCCAUCGACGCGACGACGUCUCUCAUCGACGGCGUUCUCCUCGACGCCGUUCACGCAGUCGACGACGUCCGCGACGCCACGCGCCCGCAGGUCAAGGAGGUCGCCCUCUCGCGCGAGGCCUGUGAUGCCGGCGUUUUGUGCUUCCGCGGGGGGGCUUUGGAGGGCGACGUCGACGUGACGAGGCCUAGUAGGCUGUUCACGUGGUACGAACCUCGUCUGGAUAUAGUGCAGGAUGCGGCCCACGGUGCCGACGGCGGCUUCGUGAGUGUUGGUUGUGUCGUCCUGGCGGACUGGCUCUCUACAAGCUUUGACUUGAGGGCGUGCCGCGUCUUCGAGCUAGGGUCAGGGACGGGAUUCGUGGGUUUGAUCUGCGGAGCGAGAGGCGCGAAGCACGUCACACUAACGGACGACCGCGUCGCCCUGUCGGCGUGGAACGCGGCGCGCCACCCCCAUCUAAAUGCGACGGUGCGGCGCGUGCGCUGGGGGCACGCGGACGACGUCGACGCGGGCGACCUGGGCCGCGCCUCGCGACUUAGUCAAGAAAUCGAGUUGAUCGUGAGCGCCGAGGCGACGCAGCGCCUGGAUUUACUGGACGAUCUGGCGGGUGAAGUGAAGCGACGGCUGCUCUCGGCGCUGAGUUUUGGACGAGGUGCGCGGGCGUGCCUCGCGUGCGCCCCGUGCACGAAGCCGAAGUUCCGCGCGAAGAAGGGCUGGUGCGCGGAGAUCUCCUGCGCGCGCUGCCGUGUCUUGGAGGAGUGCCAGAGGGUGGGUGUCGUCCUCGUGGAGGAGUCCGUCGCGGGAUUUUGUGCGAAGGACGACCGGCGGUUCUCGGGCUUGGUCGACACGGGCUUCGUGGCGGACUACAACGAGGCCCUGCGCGUGCUCGUGUUGCGGCUCGCCGAGGACGCGCGGGCCGUGGCGAUGGCGCCACCAGUUGUAAAGGAGGCCGCGGCGCCGGCGGCGCGGGCGUCGCGCGGCGAGGCGGCGACCUGGGCGACGGCGGCGCAGCUGGACGCGCUUCGUGUUUAA